AUGUUGGGCAUCACGGUCUUCACCGCGCUCCUGGCCUACGCCUCCAGCUGCGGGGUCCCCAUCUUCCAGCCCAACCUAUCAGCCCGGGUGGUGGGAGGAGAGGACGCCAUUCCCCACAGCUGGCCCUGGCAGAUCUCCCUCCAGUACCUCAAGGAUGACACGUGGAGGCACACCUGCGGGGGCACCUUGAUCACCCCCAAUCACGUCCUCACAGCUGCCCACUGCAUCAGCAACACCCUGACCUACCGCGUGGGCCUAGGGAAGAACAACCUGGAGGAGGCGGAUGAGGCAGGCUCCGUGUACGUGGCCGUGGACACCAUCUUUGUCCACGAGAAGUGGAACUCCUUCCUAAUUCGCAAUGACAUUGCCCUUAUCAAGCUGGCGGAGACCGUGGAACUGAGUGACACCAUCCAGGUGGCCUGCCUGCCGGAGGAGGGCUCCUUGCUGCCUCAGGACUACCCCUGCUACCUCACUGGCUGGGGCCGUCUCUGGACCAACGGCCCCAUUGCCGACGCGCUGCAGCAGGGCCUGCAGCCUGUGGUGGAUUACGCCACGUGCUCCCGGUGGGACUGGUGGGGCGCCACGGUGAAGGACACCAUGGUCUGCACCGGGGGAGACGGCAUCACCUCAGCCUGCAACGGGGACUCGGGCGGCCCGCUGAACUGCCAGGCGGAGGACAGCGGCAUCUGGGAGGUGCGGGGCAUUGUCAGCUUCGGCUCUGGGCUGAGCUGCAACACCUACAAGAAGCCCACGGUCUACACCCGCGUGUCCGCCUACACCGACUGGAUCCAAGAGAAAUUACAGCUGUGAUUCAUCCCUGGGAGCCAAGGCCGCAAAUCCUGGCAACCACAAUAAACCUCCUUCCCCCUC